GCAGCGGGGAGCAGCCUGUCACUUAGCGGGGGAGCUACGAGCUUGUGGGGGUGUUUUCGCGUUGUCCUGGCUGCCGCUGGUGCUCAUGGAUAUUUGUAGCUUAAAGACGAGGCAGUGAGCCGGUAUUUGUUCCAGAAUGGUAUUAAGAAAAAGACUAAAAUGGUGCCUUUGUAGCGGGAGUAUUAAUGCUGCCGGUGCCUUGUAGCUGUUGCGAAAGUUAGCUUGUGAGUAGCAUCAGGUUAGCUAAUGCUAGGCCUUCCGUUUGCUCUGGUUUGUCAGGACAGUUUAUUGUUUUACCGUUGCCUUUGUAACGCAGGUGUUUAGCUCUUUUGUUUGCUGAUCUUUUUCUUUGCUGCUUGUGCUGAAUACGGCUGAAAUGAAGAGAGUAAACAGCUUUCAGAGGUUCAUGAACAGACGGGCGUCUGCUAACUGCCGCUACCAGCCCACCUGCUAUGAGCAUGCUGCAAACUGCUACACUCACGCGCUCCUCAUCGUGCCGGCCGUCGUGGGCAUGGCGCUGCUGCACCGUCUGUCGGACAACGGCUGGGAGAGGAUCACCGCCUGGGUGUACGGCAUGGGCCUGUGUGCCCUCUUCCUGGUCUCCACUGUGUUUCAUAUCAUCACCUGGAAGAAGAGCCACAUGAGGUCUGUGGAACAGUGUUUCCACAUGUGUGACAGAGUGGUCAUCUAUUUCUUCAUCGCUGCCUCCUACACACCUUGGUUGAACCUGCGUGAACUGGGUCCUCUAGCAGCACACAUGCGCUGGUUUGUGUGGCUCAUGGCCGCAGCUGGAACCAUAUAUGUCUUCAACUACCAUGAAAAAUAUAAACUCGUUGAGCUGGCCUUCUACUUGACGAUGGGUUUUUUUCCUGCAUCAGUCGUGACGUCGAUGAGCAACACCGAGGGGCUACAUGAGCUGGCCUGCGGCGGACUCAUCUACUGCCUCGGUGUGUUCUUCUUCAAGAGCGACGGCGUCAUCCCCUUCGCCCACGCCAUCUGGCACGUGUUCGUGGCGCUGGCUGCGGCCGUGCACUACUACGCCAUCUGGAAAUACCUCUACAAGGCCCCCAGCGCCGACACCCUCCUCCUGUCGUGACCACAGCCGGGGCCGGACGCCGGCUCUCCACCUUCCCCCUGCGCUCCGGAGCCGAGGCGCCCGCACGGCGACUCCCUCAACUGCCCGCUGAAGCUGCAGCGACAGCCGAAAAGUUUACGAAAAUAAUGACAGUGAAUUGUUUACUGUUUUCUAACGAGAGAGCAGAUUUUUGUGACGAACAAAAGCUACUUUCAAAGCUGUUUUGUACAACUUCAGUGGGGGAGGGAGUUUUGACUUUUUACAGGUGAACCUGGCACAUUCACGAGUGUUUGAGAAAUUUGAUAGCAGUCUUUUGUAUCACUUGAAGUAAGUCACAUUCCACAUUGGGGUCAUUCAUGUGUCACAACCUGGAGAUGCGUCAUCCGUUUCAGCCGGCGAUUUGAGCGCUGGGGACAUCGAACGAGGUGCUAAAAAUCAGCUGUUUGACUAGAAGGCAGGGCUUCAGUACCAGCACCCAUGUGAUACUUGGAGAAAUAUUAACAUGUUUCUCUACAUAUCGACUUUUUUCAUUUCAAAAAAAGAAACCAAAGAUGCAACAAGCAGCUGUUCUUUGCAACUUUGCAAGAGUGAAGUAGUUUAAAAUUGGCAAAACUUGAUUUAAAUCAGGAAUAAUCAGAACAAAGAAUAAGUAGAAUCGAUUCUGUCCUGAUAACUGAUGCCAACUUUUACCAAAAAGUACCGAGCUGUGAUUCCCAGCCCUCGUCGGUAGAAGUGUUUGAAUCAGGAAGGAAACGCCAAGAAAAAAAAGCUCCUGAUGGAAGUCUGGUGAUUCGUUCUCGUCGUCAACCCAUGAGAUCCAGAUUUGCUCCUUUUGUUUCCAGCGUUCGCUUCAUUUCUGACGCAGUCCUCAGUUUUCAGGCGACCUGUUUCUUCUCUGAGUGUUUAGCGCCCCCUGCUGGUGGGCGGCCGUGAGAAGGUGACUUACAGCAUUUCAGGGUGUGUCGAGGUGACACGGGUGAGGUGGGGUUUUAUUAAUGAGCCAAAUGAUGCAUUCAGGCGGAGUUCUUCCACUUUAUUGUAAAUGUGAACAGCGUGCAGUAGAGAGUGUGUGUGUGUGCACGAGCUUUGUAAUGUAGUCCAGUAUUACAUUUCCACUGAUUGUCAGUUGUUGAUUUGCACCAUGAGGACGAGCAGUGUUUCCUGUGUGUUCUGCAGAGGGUUCGACUGCAGGAGGAACCUCGUGUUCAUGUUUUCGUCUCCUGCUGUUGGUUUUUGUAAAUGUGCUCAGUGGCCCAUAAAAUGACCUUUGUGUCGCUCUCCUCUUAGUGACGUCCGGAGCCGAACGGUCGCGUAUCUCCUGCUCUUGGCUCUCGUUGAAAUGGUUUCUUGAACCGCUCUGUUUUCUAACGUUUGUAUAUUCUGUCCUUUUGUUCUGUGUGUGAUCCUGGCCUUUCGCAGGGAGAAAAAUCUGCUUCUUGUCUGUUCCAUUGGCUGUUAAUGGUGCUGCAUAUACACGAAUGCUCCUCUACUAUACUGAGUAUCACCUUUCUAAUGUGACAAUAAAAAAUGAUAACGCCCCACGCCCGAGCCUCCGGAGCCUCAUUCACUGCGGU